UACAUACAUAGUGUAGGAUGACGAGUGGGUGUGUUGGUGAUAGGAUAGCAGACCUAAAACAUAUCAAUCAUGGUAUUUGCUCUGUGUUACACAGGUGAACACUAUAUGUUAAAGUGAAUUGCUUCCACUCGUCCUCUCAAGUCAAGCAGGAUCAACACAUCAAAGAUGACCAAGAAACCAAAGUUUGUGGACUCGUUCUGGGAUUCGGAUAUAGCCAGCACAAGAGGAAGUGAUGUUAUUGUGCGACGAAUGAAGGAGGGCAAGAAGGUGUGCAAGGAGUUGGUAGAAUAUUUAUCUGAAAGAUCAAAAGCAGAAGCUACUUUUGCGAAAGCUCUUAAAAAUGCAGCUCGUAAACUGGAUAGCAACAUGGAAAUUGGGGAACUCGGGCUGUCCAUUUCAACUCUGAAGAGCGAGACAGAACACAUAUCUGCAGCUCACGAAGCAGCCGGGAACGAUAUGUCUGCACUAUCAAUAGAACUAUCAAACUUCAACAAGGAGCAAGAGGCCAUAAAAAGCCAGAGAGCGGAACACCUACAGAAAUCCACAUCUAAUAAGUUAACCAGUAACAGCAAGGCUAACACGCUAAAGGAGAAAUAUGUUCAGCGAUGUCGAGAGCGGGACACAGCGGAUGAUGCUUACAAAGCAGCGAGAAAUAGUGUAGCCACUCAGACAAAAGAUCUCCAGAAGGCAGAGAAGAAUAAAGAGAAAUGUUAUGACAACAUGCAGAAUGCAGACACGGCGUAUAAAAGUUCUCUUGAAACCUUGGAGGCAGCCAGGAAAGCUUGGGAAUCUACUAUGGUAGAGACGUGCGAGGCCUUCCAACAGAUUGAGGAUGAUCGAAUCUAUCUUACGCGGAACAUUCUGUGGAAAAUCACUAACGUUGACUCCCAGGCGUGUGUGAUACAGGACAACUGUGCUGAGAAAAUACGACAGGCAUUGGAAAAGUGCGACAUUGAAACAGAUCUACAAACUUUUAUUGAUAAUUACGGCGUGGGAAGGGUUCGUCCAGAAAGAGUACCUUAUGUGAACUACUACGAAAGAAGGGGAAGUCAGUCAAGCCCUUCCACAGUGACAGGAACUGGAACGCGUCCUCGACAGCCCCUCCCUCCUGCUGGUCAUACCAUGUCAGGAGGAGGAGCCCCGAGAUCCCAACCAGGACGGCCAACAGGACCGCCGAGAGGACCCCCACCCAAACAGCCACCUUUGAUAUCAUUAAGUGGAGACGACGACGGUGCGUACGCAAGCAUUAGCACAACGACCAACAAUAAAAGAAUGGCUAAUGUUGUACAUGCACACGAGGCAAAGAUGCCCUUUGAACUGUCGGUGAAACCUGGAGAUAUUGUGGAGGUGCUAAACCAGAACAAAGGCUAUUUUCAAGUAAAAGUUGGAAACCGCGUGGGCGCCAUUCCCGAAGCAUGUGUGAAUUUUGCAAAACACGUCUAACAUCCAGCUUCUAUAAUCAUCAUCACAACAUUUUGUAUACUGAAAUACUGUGCUAUUUAUUACCCGUGAUAUUAACCAAGAUCAAGCAUUGUACAAAGCAUAUCUAAAAGCAUAUUAUUAAAUAUGCCAAAUAUACCAUGUUUAUUUCCAUUGGAGAUAAACCCCAUAAGCCAUGCUUACUAUAAAUACUAUUUUAGGGAAAAUAACGACUCGUCGUUUAUACUAUACACUAUAUAGUUGGUAGUAUUCGCAGGGAAUUUGAUUUUGCUAUAUUUGCUAUAAAGAAAUGUUUACUGCAGAAUGUUUGUAAUGCGGUGUUCCACGAAAUUUAAAACCCGCAAAUUAGUUCCGGUUGGGACAACCACGAAAUAGUAAUCCCAUGAAUUAUACGACAUACAGGAUUAAGAUUGGAAUCGUUUCACAAUUUUAUCGUUUUCAUUGAGCGGCAUGAUGGGUCUAUAGCUUUUUAAUUUAACAUAUAGCUCUUUUAGAACUUGUGAUGACUUAAAUGUUUAUAUAUCCGAGGUGUUUUAGGUGGUGCAAUAGACAAAUGUCGAAAUCGAUUAAAUGAAAUGAACCUCUGAUAGAAAGAAAUGAGUUUAACGCACCCUUUGAAAAAGACAAGGAAAUAACACUGCACAUCCGGAAGUGCACACAUUUCGUGGAGAUACAUUUUGAUAGAUAACUAAUGAUCAGCGGAAGUUUAUGUAUGCCGCUGUUAAGCAAAUGUACAUAUAAGUACUUAAGGUAGAUACUGAUUAUAGUUUAUUGAUAUCCAGGGUAGACAUUUUGCUAUUGUUAUAGUUGAAUAUAAUUCGCCGAUAAUGAAUUGCAUACAUGAGCUUUAACGGAUUUGCUUUAAUAUCUUAUGUAAACACUGCUGUGAUAUAAUGCUUUAUAUUUUUACGUUAUGUACAACGUGUGUCAUGUCAUUAUGUUCAUAUCAUUUUAUACACAUAAUACCAGAUCAUGUCUUCAGUUAUCAAUAAGUGACCGCUGUAUUUAGGUCGUGUUUGAACCUAUUAUCAGUUAUCAGCAAUAUAUGUCCGCCAUGUUUAGAGUGUGUAUGAGUGUCCGCCAUGUUUAGAGUGUGUAUGUAUACGUCAUAAGUCAUCAUCAAUAAGGGACCGCUGUGUUUAGGUCGUGUUUGAACAUGUUAUCAGCUAUAAUCAAUAAUUGUCCGCCAUGUUUAAGGUGAUGUAGGAAUGCGUCCCAAAAGUUACAUCAAUGUAUUCUCAAUGUUUAGGGGAUGUAGGAAUGCGUCCAAAAGUUACAUCAAUGUGUUCUCAAUGUUUAGGGGAUGUAGGAAUGCGUCCUAAGUUUACAUCAAUGUGUCCACCAUGUUUAGGGGAUGUAGGAAUGCGUCCUAAGUUUACAUCAAUAUUCGUAUGCCAUGUUAAAGUUGGGUUGUAAUGUGUGGUAAACUAUCAUCAUUAAAUCCCCUCCAUUAUUGGGUUGUGUUGGUAGAAUAUAUAUAUACAGUCUAUAUAAAUACGUGAUCCUCAUUUUGAGGUUUCAUUGGUACUUGAUGACAGUUAUCAUCAGAAAAAAACCAGUGCUCAAACCUAAUGAGUUUGUGUAUUACGUAAUGUCCAUCUUCAGACUUAAAAUAUGUGUUCCCUGUCAAAACAAUUUGUUUUUGUAUCUAUGACAAUUCAUUUUACACGACACAUAACAAUUGAGCAUGAUAAAUUGCCCCACGAUGGACACAUUCAUUGUAACCACAUCCUUCCUAAUUGAUUGACUAACGAGUUCCAGGUGUUUUUGUUGUUGUUUACAUGUUUUAUUGUCUCCAGUAGAACAAAUUUCCCUUUAAUAGCUUUACUUGGCUGUGCACUGCUUGUUUGUCCCCUACCGGUGAAACCGGGGCACUUUAGGUCUCCUCUCCGUCCGUCUGUCUGUCUGUAUGUGAUCGUCUGUUUGUUCAUUCAGUUUUCCGCACUUUCUCAGCCAUGCUUCUAGAUAUAUAUUGGUGAAUGUUGGUAUGUAAUUCAGUAUAAGUAGCUAAAGAUCAAGUUCGAGUUUCAUGGAUAUUUGGUCAAAGCCACUUCCUACUUUUAGCGGAGUGCGGUAGGGGACAUGUAUUGCUGUAGCAAUACCCAGCAUGCUAGCCCUUUGAACGUAUAUCUUUUGUUUCUGACUCUGGUCUGGAUGAAACCAAGCAUUGUAGUUUUCCAGUUGAUAUUAGCAUUCGUAAAGUCUCCUCAUGACUUCAUACCAUUUACUGUUAGUCUCGACAUUAAUUUGAGAUUCAUUUCUAGGGACCCUUUACCUAGGUUAACUGCUGGUUAGUGUAGGAGCCUAUGGUCAUAAUUGGCGUCUUGUAAAUUGCCAAAUAGUCUUGCGAAUUCUAGCAUAAUCACUUUAACGUUCUUUUAAUCGCUGAGUAAUCCUUCAUAAAUUGCUUUGCUCGUUUAAGACUUCUCUGCGAUUUAAAUACUGUAAAACCUGUUUAUUCAGAGAGUCUUGGUAGUUUUGGAUGUCGUCUAUUCUUUCAAAAGUUCAUUUUUCACUGAGGUUCGCUUGAUUCGCUAAGUCUAGCUUGUUUCGUACCUCAGAUGUUUCAUCAGUAGACGCCUCCUUUUCAUCGAGGAACAUACAUUUU